UCGCGCGCGCGCCAAGCUGUCACAUUGCCGGCGCAUUGUCGUCCGUUUCUUCAAUUGGUGCCGACGCACGUGCAAGAUCCUACCAUCGGAUUAUAACGAGGGAUCGGUCGUAUCUCUUCGUGAUAACGCUUCGGUAACGGGGAGGGGGGAGGGAAACAAACUCGUUUCGAUCGGGAAGAAACAUGGCUGUCAGCGAUGUGCUGGAUUUCGUAAAGAUUUGUUUGUUGUUAUCGUGAACAAUGACGGGCAAAGUUUGACGAAAGGAAUUACAGUCGGGGCGCGGAGUGGAAGUGACGUUUCGUUGAGUGGCAGUGACAUUUGGUCGGAUGGUGACACGUCGUUGAUUUCCGGAGUAAUCGGUCGCGGCCGAUUGCUACGCGCCGGAAGUUCGGGGAGUGAUAUACCGGGGAGUUGAUGACGUUCAUCGCGAUCGCAUUCUUGCCAGGCUUGCGAUAUCGAAAGAGAGCCGAGAGUACAUGGUACGUAAAAUAAUAAUGCGACGUCCGUCUCCGUUGGAGAGUCGCGUAUAGGUCGGGUAUAGGUGUCGUUGCUCCGAUACGACUUAUCUACGCGUGGCGAUAAGCCAGCGGAUUACGACGCCGCGUCCGAUCGGCGUCGCAAUUAAUCCCGAUCGGGCGCGUUUCUCUCCUCACGUUCCUCCACCUCGUUUCGCGCGGGAGCGAAGAGAACGAUCUCUCGCGAAACGAUGGUAAAUCGAAGCAGCGAUCGAAUCGUCGAUCCCGUCGAAUGUCCAGGAAUCGUGGUCGAUCGUCGAUGAAAUUGAACCCUCAAACGGAACAUUUCAUCGGGUAUUCGUUGGCGAAUCGGAGUUCGCUCGUCAUUCUUGACGCGCGGGAUCGCGCGUCGAUUGAAUUAAAAAAUAAAAAAAAAUUGCGACGAUCAGCAAGAAGGACGAGUGACGGAGCGAACGAUACGACACGCUGAAAGAACGUCGUCGGUGGAAAGGAGAUCCCGGCCGACGCUUUUCUCUCCGUCUCGACGAGCCAAUAAGUCGACGACGACCAUCGGCAGCUGUUAUUUAAACGAGAUUCCACGUGCGAGUUUCGGUUUUCCGAUAUCGGAACCGAAACCGAGAAACUCGUAGCUCUUCCAACAAAAUCCAGUUUCUCGAUUUGUAAACGCAAUUGUAGAAGACAACGGGAUACGCGCGCGCGAGAGCGAUAUGACGAACGACGCAAAUUGAUAGUGAGAGGAAGCAGCUCGGAAAAGAAGCUAAGAUGAUGAUGCCGCCGCCGCAGGUCGUGGGUGUCCUGUUGAAGAAACCGGGGCAGCAAACGCAUCCGCGAUUACCUCCCUUGGAUCCACAGGAGACUAAAAUCAAAGGCGAGCUGUACGUAGAAGAUCUGAGCGAAAGGAGGACGGUUUCCAUCAGGAUGGGUUGGCUGUGGGUUGAAGGUACCCCGAUGAGGUUACCCUUGAGAGCGUUGAAUCUCCGUCAAGCAUCGCCCAGCAUCUGUCAACCGCACACGUUUGCUCUAGGUUUUACCCUGAGCGAUUCAGAAGGUCGUUCUCUCGCCACAUUUUGGGCGGACACGGAACCGAUCUAUUGGUCCUGGGUCAGAGCGAUCGCGGCUGAAUUGGUUCGGCAAACGCCGUUUCGAGCACAACGAUGUUUGAACUUUCUGGAGAUACUGACUAUCUGUCCGAGAGGGCCGAUCCCGUUGCCGGACAGCCCAACCGAAACUAGGAGACGAUCCCGCAGCGAAUUACGUUGCUGGCCGAGUGAUUCGCCGAUAGAGAAGACGACGAUGAGCGCGACGACAAUAGUACUCGACGAGUCUAGGAGGAGAGCGAGGAGCGAGUUGCGCGGUUGGUCCAGCAGCAACUCGAGCGACGAGGACCUCCUGGGAGAAUUUCGUAGCAUACCCGCUGUGAUAAGCGCCAAGGACCAACCGGUCGGCAGAGCGUGGGGUUGCAGCGAGAGCAGCGAGGGUAGCGACGACAGUCUCCCUUGGGGUGGCGUAUGCCGGUCCAGCGUCGACUCAGUCGACUCUAGCAGCGUUCCCCUGCCGGAACCGGAAACGAGGGAACAGAGGAUACAGAGGUACAAGGAGGCGCGCAGACGCGAGAACGAGGCGAGGAGCCGGCGAGUUCUCGAAGAGGACGCGAGGCGACGUAGAGCGAGGGCUGAGGAGAACAACAACAACCUGCCCAAAAUCUAUGGUAGAUCAAGGAGUAGGAUUGUCGUUGACUCCGCCAACGACAACGACGACUUACGUCCGACACGCUCGUCCAAGAAGGAGAUCCUCGCGUCCAUCGACAUGGCACCAACGCGAAACGAAAAUUCGAUCGUCGACCGAUUGCCUCCGAUCAAGUCGAACGAAUCGUCCACGGUGAGGUUCUCUACCGAGGAAACUCAUCGGAACGAGGCGGACAAGCGAAACAACAACAACAGCCCGAAGAACGGAAGCGGCAGUCCCGGCAUACUCAGGUCGGACUUGAACGAGAGGAGAAGUCGCGCGCGAGAGAGAAGGAUCUUUCGCGAAAAGGUGCAACAACAAUCGAUGACCAGCAUCAACGUCGCGAGCGUGGAAACUCUUCGGGAACGCAAAGAACGCCUGGCUCUUCUGUCUUCCAAGAUCCCUGUAUCUCGUCAAUCGUCGCAAUUUUGCUCGAGGUCCGCCGAUUGCCCGGCGAUCCCGGCCUCCCCGAAAUCACCGGACUCCCCAUUGGCUCUGAAGCCACCCUGCGAAGAAGACGUUGCCAAACUCCUGGAACGAUGUCAAAGGGUGGACCACUACGUGCCGGUGCGGGAGAAGCUCACCUUGUUCGAGUCCCUCUCGCGAUUAGGCGGUCGCCUGGCCAGAAGCACGGAGGAUCUUGGCCGAACGUCUUCGAAACCCAGUCCCAGGGGCAAGCAACGUGCAAGAUCGCUUCACGAUCUCAAUCGGGGCGCCAGGGCUCUGCCCGUGCGAGAGAUGUGCCGAUUCUUCGAGGGCGAUCUUUUAGAGCAGGACAGCUGUCAGAAGGCGAUGACCCUGGCCAAAACGAGAUUCAGCGAUUCACCCGCGAAGAGCACCGCGUGGAAGGAUACGAGUUCGAAGCACGAGGCGCCCUGCAUAAGCGCCUCUGCGAGGAAGAAGCAUUACUUGAAGUGAUCGCGACUGAUAAAUAGCUCUUCCAGAUACUCGAUUAGGCACUCGGGAAUGAAAAGUUACGACAGUCUCUCACCGACUAUCAUCUUUUUCCCCGCGUAAACUCUCAUGAAACACGCAAAUCUCUCGCAACUGGCGUAAAACGAGAAAAUAUUUGCCGACCGAGCGAUUUACCGGUAAUCUUCCUAAACACUAUUUCCUCAAAAACACAGGCGUCUUAAGAUCUUCCUCGUCGUGACUGGCUGAAAAAUUUCUUUUCUACCGCGUCAAGGUAAGAAGAAUUUCUCGACUAACUCUCGAGAAUUUCACACAGUCACACGAUGACAAUCGGUUUCUCGCGAUGGCGCUCGCAGGAUUCCUGGUACGCGAAACUAACUCGAUUGAACCGCGCUUAUCAAGUCCUCGGAGAUUAGAAUCGGCUUCGUCGAAUCGUGUCGCGACGAUUGUCACACUUGCGCCGAGAGAAAGUCGCCGCGCGCGGGCCUUUUUUCCACGCUCG